AUGGAGAAAGUGUGUGUGGAACAAGCACUUCCAAAUGAUACAGAUACCGCAAUUUUUGAACUAGCAUGUUCGCCAUUGUUCAAGCCUGCUUUGCGCACUUUGAGUGUAGCAGAAUGCACAAAAAUAACUUAUCAAAGGGCAAAAGCUAUCAGCAAAACUUAUGGCUUGACUAUACCGGAUAUCCUCAAUAUGACACCGAAAUUCUGCAAGAUGCAUUUACAGCCUUUGGUUGCUUUGGACGGAGGGGCUUUGACUCUUCUCACCAUACAAACAAACCUUUUCAUCGGAACAUUGGCUCCGUUUGCAUCGAAGCGCCCAGAACUCCAUUCUGUUCUCCAGGCCGCUAUCAAUUUUGAGAUAUCGGCACAAUUCAUGCUCACCGAAGUCGAUCAUGGGCUCGAUGCGCGAAACCUUCGAACAACCGCAACCAUCCUACCUGAUGGUGAUAUCGACCUCCAUACUCCUUCGCCCAAUGAUGCCAAAGUUAUGGCCCCAGCAACUACUAGAAGUGGAGUCCCCAUCAUGGCCGUUGUCAUGGCUCGCCUCGUUGACAACGGCAAGAAUUGUGGAGUCAGACCCAUUCUUGUUCAGAUCGGAGAUGGCAAGCAAAUGUGCAAGAAUAUCAUCUCAAAGGUCUUGCCCACUAGAACCGGUACUCAUCCCAUCGACCAUACUAUCACGUACUUCAACCACGUGCGCCUACCCAGGUCCGCCGUGCUGGGCAGUCUCGAAGGGACAGGUGAUAAGCGAGUUGAUUUUGCAUCGGCUAUUCAACGUGUUGCAGUCGGAACUCUUCUCAUCUCCGGUUCUGUGAUUCCAUACUUGAAGGUUGCUUCUUUUGUCGCGGAUCGGUACAGCCGCGGUCGAUUCGUUACUGGAAACGAUGGAGAGCCUAUGGCAGUCAUCGGCUUCCGGACUCAAAGUCUCCCUAUACUCCACGCAGUAGCUCAGUAUAGUGUCCUGGAGCCCUUCCUGUUCUCGGCGGCGAAGUCAUUUUGUGACAAGACUAUUGACCCCAGGGUACGGCAUGGCAUUGCUACUGCUUUCAAAGCGGUAGCUAUCAAUCAUUUCAGCAAGAGCAUCAAAGCUAUGAACGAGAGAUGUGGGUGGCAUGGCCAUUUCGAACAUAACCAGCUUCUUCAAUUGGAGUUGGAGAUGAGGGGUGCAUCCACCGCGGAAGGCGAUCUGCGGGUUCUUGCCAUUCGCCUUGCAUCUGAGCUAUUGAUUGGUCGUUAUGAAAUGCCGCCUCCUCGAACCCCAUCAAAUCCCAUUGCACAACACGAGGCUUCUCUUUUGUCAGAAGCAAAAUCUCUCCUUCAACACCGUGCACAAGGAGAUCAUCGAAACCGGCAUUUCGACAGAGAUGUAUUACCUCUCGCGCUUCCAUUGGUUGAGGCUAUAGGAUACCGAAUGGCCAUCGAGGCUGCUCAAGAGGCCAAUAUUGACCCCAGGAUCAUCAAACUGUAUGAGGCUGGAGUAUUGAAAGAAGACCCCGCUUGGUACGCUGAGAAGGGCGGGCUGUGUCGAGAUCUCCAAAGAGAUAUGGAGGCUCAAGCAGCCGACGAUUUGCUUCCCGAUCUAAAGGAUAUCAUGCAGCAGUCCGGCAUGCAGGCUUACUGCAACGCUCCGAUGACAUCAAAGGUUUUGUGGGACGAGUUUGUUGCUGGACUGGAGACUUUUGAGGGUAGUGCACCAUCACGCUUGUUAGCUCGGCUUUGA